CGCUCACCCUGUUCCUCUUGAUCUUUCUCUCUCCCUCAUUGUCAUACAAACACUGCUCUCUCAAACCUCUACUUAUGGACUCACUCACGGUCAGAGCUAGGAGGAACACUUGCCUUGGAGAGACUGGGGGAUCUAGACUUGUGUUUUCCCCAAAAGGCACCAGAUGAAUUCCACCUAGAGCUAAAUGGAAGCAUAACACAGAACCACAGACUACUGACGUGAGGCUAUCUUUCUCAGUGUGAUGGAGAAGCCCCAUGAUCCAGAGCUCAAGUUCAAGCUGGAUAUGGGCCCAGUCCAUCCUGCACCUAGCACCCUGACCAGAGGACAGUGGUCUAGCAAAAUUGAGUUCCUCCUGGCUGUGGCAGGACAAAUCAUAGGUCUGGGAAACGUGUGGAGGUUUCCUUAUCUGUGCUACAAAAAUGGUGGAGGGGUGUUCUUCAUCCCUUAUGUACUCUUCCUUUUUACCUGCGGCAUCCCCCUGUUUCUGCUGGAGACGUCUCUCGGCCAGUACACCAAACAGGGAAGUAUUACCUGCUGGAGGAAAAUAUGUCCCCUGUUUGAAGGGAUGGGUUAUGGCAGUCAGGUGGUUGUUUUGUACUCCAGCAUCUAUUACAUUAUCAUACUGGCCUGGGCUUUCCUGUAUCUCUUCUUCUCUUUUAACACUGAACUUCCCUGGGCAAGUUGUCGCAACAGUUGGAACACAGAGACCUGUGUAGAGUUUGAUCGAAGGGCUUAUCCUGUCAACUGGACUGUGGCAGAAAACUCAACAUCACCAGUGAGAGAGUUUUGGGAGAGAAGAAUUCUGAAUGUCACAGGAAGUGUCAAUGAGUUAGGCAGCAUACGAUGGGAGUUGGCUCUGUGUCUUCUGUUGUCCUGGGUCAUCUGUUACUUUUGUGUCUGGAAGGGAGUGAAGUCCACGGGGAAGGUAGUUUACUUUACUGCUACAUUUCCAUAUGUGAUGCUGGCAGUGCUGCUUGUUCGUGGACUCACGUUGCCUGGAGCCUUAGAUGGAAUAAAGUUCUACCUCUACCCGGAUCCAUCCCGCCUCACUGAUCCACAGGUGUGGAUGGAUGCUGGCACACAAAUAUUUUAUUCGUAUGCUAUUUGCAUUGGCUGUUUAACUGCACUUGGCAGUUAUAAUAAGUACAACAAUAACUGCUACAAGGACUGUGUGUACUUGUGCCUUCUGAACAGUGGAACCAGUUUUGUUGCUGGCUUUGCCAUCUUCUCUGCACUUGGAUUCAUGGCAUAUGAGCAAAACACAGACAUAUCAAAAGUGGCAGAGUCAGGUCCCGGCUUGGCGUUCAUUGCCUACCCUCGAGCAGUCGCCAUGAUGCCCUUUCCUCAGCUCUGGGCGAUAUUUUUUUUCAUUAUGAUCAUUCUCCUGGGACUGGACAGUGAGUUUGUUGGUCUGGAAGCUCUCGCAACAGCAAUUUCUGACUUGAAUCCAUCCUUCUUCCACGUUGGUCAUCGACGUAAACUUCUUCUGCUUGCCAUCAGUGUUGUCAGUUUCUUCAUUGGCCUUGUGAUGGUUACAGAAGGUGGACUGUACAUAUUCCAGUUGUUUGACUACUAUGCCUGCAGUGGGAUGACUCUGCUUCUCUUUGCCUUUCUACAGUCUGUCUGUGUUGGAUGGGUGUAUGGUGCCAAUCGGUUUUAUGAAAACAUUGAGGACAUGAUUGGAUACAAGCCUUUAUCCCUGAUUAAGUACUGUUUGAAAUAUGUCACUCCAGUGAUCUGCAUGGGAACAUUUAUUUUCUCUUUGGCUAAAUACACUCCACUGAAGUUCAACAACACUAUCACGUACCCAUGGUGGGGUUAUGCUCUUGGCUGGUGGUUCACUCUCUCCUCUACACUCAUGGUUCCCCUCUGGAUGCUGUACAAUCUUAGCAUCACUCCUGGUACACUACGACAGAGGAUCUCCAUCUUAUGUACUCCAGCUGAGGACCUGCCUGUGACCAAAUCAGAGAAAAAAGCUCUUGAACUGCUCAGCCUGAACCCAGCUCCUGACAACAUGGUGCUCUAGUGAGACAAGACAAACUGGAGCCCCAGAUACACUGAACACUUUGAGACAUAAGGGCUUACCUUCAUUGUAGUAGACGUAGACUAAUUUCCUUUAAAAGCAGUGACUCCCAGACUUUUUCCCCUUAAAACAAAGUUUUUUCUAUUUGUACUCGUUCCACCCCCCACCCCCACCCAGUACUGGUUGGAUGUCUGCCAGUUGUGACCAUUUCAACCAAAGACUCAUUUUUGUUUGAAUACUUUUGUAAGAAUACCCAGUAAUUCACAAAAAUCCCAACCCCCUGAUUGGGAAUUGCUGCACUAAAGGAACUGUCCACUAAACACUGGAGAGAUAUAUGUUUAAGAGUAUCUGCACUUAGCGGUCCAUGCACAGGAGACCAUGUUGUCAUUUCAGUUUCAGAGCUUUCGUAAACGUCUAGCGGAGCCGUCUUGAAUGUCAACAUGUGACUUUCAAUCAGUGACAGCUCGGAAAGCCAGCUAGUAUUUUCAUCAUGGAAUAAUCAAUCAAUUAUUCUUUUGAUAAUCAAUUGGCGACUCAUUCAUUAAAAUUAUUGUAUUCUGUCAAACAACUGAUUGAUUUAUCUCUUCUUGUGAGUGGACCUUAUGUUCGUGAAUGAACACACAGGCUCCAAUUCAAACUGUUACUCAUUUAAAGAAAAGGUUUUGAGAAUAAGAAUGCUUUUUUGUUUUGUUUUAACCAGGUUUUUACAAGUUACUUUAAAGGAGUAAAGUAACUUUGCUAAAUACAGAUUGUGCACUUGAGUCACUGUUAGGUCACUGUAAAUAGCAUGAACUGAAUAUCAAACUGAUCGUGUCAAUUACUGUAGCUAAAUAAAGCAGUGACAUGAAAGAAGGGAGGUUGUCAAGCAUUAAGGGGUCAGAUCCAGACCCUGAACACUGUGUGCACCUUAGCCGGCUAAGCCACUAGGCUCUCCUGCUACUGUAAAAAUGUACACGUGCUGCUCAAGCAGGCAUGAAACUAUUCACCAUUUGUGACUUUGUAUUUGGUGUUAUUUUUCAAAAAAAAUGGGAUUGUGAUAAUGGAAACACCAAAAGAGAAGCACAGUGUAAAUCUGUUUGCCAUAACAAUCAGAAUAAGUGUAUUUUUUUUUAACAAGAAUUAAAUUGACGAUAUUUUUUGCUAUAGUUUCAGCUUAAAGCUUUUUUAAUUCUAGUUCUUAUGCAGAAUAUUCAUUUAUCAAGCUUGCAAGUUAAUGUUUGUAUCAUUUUGUAUCAUUUAUAUAUCAUGCAGUAUUGAAAUUUGUGGCAGUAGGUCUUUGUAUAACACACAGAUGCUGUAAUGUGAUAUUUGUCUCAUUUAAGGAUCAAUCAAUAAUCUGUUUUUGAAAUGAAAAUGUCUGUUUUCAGUAGAUAUCUGUGGCAGAAAUUGUGUGAAGUCAUGUUUAAAUUGACAAGGUCACAUUUUGAAAAUGGAUCAUAGGAUUGGUGUAUAAUAAAUUAGUGUCAUGAUAUAAAUCUUAUAUAUAAAUUAUUAAUAACGUGCCAUUUAUUUACUAUUAUCCAUGAAUGGGGCAAUCGGGUAUUAAUGUGAUUAAACAAUGUGCCAUUUUUUAAGUUUUAAUAGGCUUCAGUAAACUGGCAGUUCAUCAUUGUUGACUUAUUUCUGCUGUUUUCGCCUCACUAUUUGGUCAAACUAAAUGGUGACAGUUUAAGUACUUAACAUUUGAUGAUUCAAAAAGAAAUACCUUAUUAAUAAUUUACAAACAUUCACUAAUGGUGUAAUAACCCCCACCAAGGUUGAGUACCUGGGACUCCCAAACCAGCCCUUAGAACUCAUGAAGCCUUUCAGAUGAGAGGUGAAAUGUCUCAGAGAAACCUAAAAGAAGCCCAGUUGCCCUUAACUAAGAACCAACAGUUAGCAAUGAUGACUUACCAGUUUGCUGUUUCUGAGAGAUAUCAUAAAAAUCAACAGUUUGUUAGUAAAAUGGUUAAUAAAAUGUUAAUAAAUCGCCAAUUAUUAAAAAAAAAGAUUUGUUUUGUGAAUGCUACACUUUUAGCUGGUGAUGUAGUACACUACCUGCUCAGCACCAAACUGCAUACAGACACAGUAAGCGACUAUCUGGUGAAAAUAUUAGGGCUAAAGAGGCAUAUAUUUCCCUUAAAAAAAACAUUUUCCAGGUGGACAGAAACACUUCAAAAUCAAGUUCCACCAUCUUCCAUCUUCUAGAUAACCAGCUGUUUGUGAACAAGUUUACAGCAUCAACUUAAAAGGUGAUGUUAUGUCACUGUUCUGUUUACAAGUUGUUCCGCUGCCACUAAGUGGCCAAAAGAAUCAGUAGUUUGAAGUUUAAGAGAAUCAGAAUCAGAAUCAAAAUGUGAUUAAUGUAAUUCAUCCGUCAUGAACAUUUGUGGGAACACUGUUUAUAAUCUGCAGAGUCAAAAUUAGUGAGAAAAUGUAUAAAUCCCUAAAAAAUAAACUGUAAUUUAUAGUUGUUGUAAUAAAUUAAGAGAAUUAAAGCACCAGUGUGUAGGAUUUAGUGGCAUCUAGUGGUGAGGUUGCAGAUUGCAACAAACCGAAUACCCCUCACUCUCCAAGCGUGUAGGAGAGCCUUCAAUGACCUUCACGUUUGGUUUGUUCUGGGCUACUGUAGAAACAUGGCAGUGCAACAUGGCAGGCUGAGUGGAUAUGAAGGGCUAAUUUAUGCUAAUGAAAACACAAUGAUUUGUAGUUUCAGAUGAUUAUACACUAAUGAAAAGAUCAUUUUGAAUAUUAUGAAUACUGCAUUCAUUUUCUGACUGUUGAUUACAGAUCCCACCUGAGGAAAAAAAGUGAGAAAUUAAGUAAAAAGGAAACAUCAAGUAUCGACUGGAAAGAUGCUGUUACACUAAAAAUGGGUGCUUGAGUUAUAACAAAUGGUAAAAUAGCUGUUCUAGCAGUUCUGGUGGUCUCCAUUUAACUCAUAUACAAGAUUUCAACACAAAUGAUAACUUCUCCAUAAUCUUCCCUUUUAAACCCUUUUAAAAAAUACUGUUUUAAGGUCAAAAGCAAUAUCUAAAGAUAUUAUACAGUAAAAUAAUAUGUAUAACUAUGACUUAAAGAGUGACAUGUUUCUUUAAAUGCAACUCUUUAUUUAAUGCUUUUAAAGUGCAAAAAAAUAAAAAAAUAUAUAAAGAAGACAUGAACAAAGGUACCUUACGUAGUUUUUUGUCUGAAAAUAUUUCUUUUGCAUAAAUGCCGGUUUAAAACAUUGAUCACACUUUGCUUUACAGGGCGAUGAUCCUUUGAAUACAUGUAAACAUUUUGUACGACAUAAAACUUCACUUUCUAAUAAAACCAAACUCACAUCAGCUGUGCUGCAGUUUAAGUCAUCAAAAGCUCCCAAAUUUUUCCUGAAAUUUACACCUUCAAGUUAUCAAAAUGAUGAAUGUAGGCCUGUAAAUCUAUUUGUAGUUAACAGUGGGGGGAUAAAUAGUCUAUAUAAUUGCUAGGAAAAAAAGUACUUCAUGCCCAUUUCCACUGUACAAAAUGUUUGAAUGUUUAGAGCCGGCAGUACUUGAAAACAUUUAGCAACAAGCUGUUUAAAAACCUUGCUAACAUAGAACAAUAUAUAUUAACACACACACACACACACACACACACACACACACACACACAUACACACUGUUGAUUUUUUACACAAAAUAUUUAAGACAGCUAGGGUUUUCAUUCUGAACCGACCAAUGUUUAUAAAACAUCACCAUUGUCCAGACUGUAUCCAGACAUUUCAUGAAAAGAUAACAGUGUUGGUUUGACAGUCACCAAAGUGUAUAAUUGUCCACUAUCACCUGACAUUCACACAUUUAAAAAAAAUAAAAUAGAUGCAGUGAAAUAAAAAGACACCUUUUCUGGGACUGCGGCGAAAAGAUCUACUCAGAUGUAAAAUUCUGUAGUUGAUCACAUUACCAGUUGAAAAAUUCAUGACAUUUAUAAAAUAUUGAGAGAAAACUGUGGUUCUGGAGAUUUUAAAGCUUAACUGCAGUUUCUGUGUCCCUCUCCCAAUUUGCACUCACAGAGUCAAUACUAGUGUGUCUGCCCUGUCAAAUACAAAAUGGUGGGAAUGGUGGGAGUGAUUUUAUGAUCAAACGCCUCCUCCUGUGGGAAGUUUGAGUCAUGAUUAUGAGGAUUUUUGAAGUAAUGCUGCGUGUAUUCACCUGCUGAACGAAGAUUUUAUGUGCGCUGACGAUUGUGCCAUGCUGUUAGCUGAUAAAUCAACAUACAGUGAGUGCAACAGAAGAAGAAACUUUGAGUCAUCAAUCACUUAAAUGCACCAAAGCUCAGGAGCGGAAACAUUUAAAUUUAUAUAUAUGUAUUUUAACAUUUUUUUUUAUUUUUUAUUUUUUAAUCAAAGGUUUUGCAGCUGCCACCAGCUUAAAAUAUCAGUCUAUAAAAUUAUGUUUUCACUCCCAUAGAUGCCAAUCAUCAGUUGUUUCCCUUGAUCAUCUAGAAAAACCACACUGAUCUCAUCAUUAUAACUGUUUAUACAGCCCCAUGUGUUUUUGUAGAUAAAAUAUAUACGAUUUAAACAAAUUACUAAUCACCUAUCACGCGUCUAUUCAUGAAUAAAUUAUUUUAGUGCAUGAUCGUGGUAUUAACCCAUCUUGGAAAAACAAUGCCUCAUUCUUGCCCAAAACACAAGACUACAUUUGAAUUGCAAUUCUGUAAAUAAUGUCUCUACAAGGCAGUUUAGGUUUUGUCAUAGGCUUUUAAAAAAAAAGAUGCACUGCUUUGCCUUCAUGUGUAGCAGCUAACCAAAUACAGUAAAUUGUGAAUUUGCCAGAACGCUAAAAUUACAGAUUUAUAUUUUUGUAUAUUUUAGUAUCUCUAAUUUGUGCGUUUUUCAGAUUCUUCUCUCUGCUUCUGGUGUCUGGGAACUUUUUCAGUGAUUUCUGACAAUAUUCGAGGUUUAUGUCUGGGGGAGAAUUUAAGUUUUUUGAGUCCUUGAAUUGUAGAAUUUAAGUAUUUCUGUAUUUCCCACCAUUAAAAUUAAUCUUCUUACAUUUUUGAAUUGAUUGUGGAGUUUUUAAAAUGCCAUUGAUCUGACAGGACAUGUUACACCUUUUAUUCAAAGUACAUAUUGCACAUUUAAAAAAAAAAAAAAAAAAAAAUAUA